AUGCAUCAGAUGAAUAAGAAAGAUUCGACUUUGCCAUACCUGAACACCAGCAUCUCAUGGGGAGUGGUUCCAACUGAAACGCUAAGCUUGAAAGUGGAUAAUACAACUACACGGCCUGAGCAUAUGAAGCAAACCACUAAGCAAAUCAGUUUUCAGGACCAGGACUCUUCUUCAUCUCAGUCCACUGGUCAAUCUUACACUGAAGUUGCAAGCAGUGGAGAUGAUGACAAUCCGACCAGACAAAUCUCUUUCUCUGCUAAAUCAGGAUCUGAAGAACCACAGCGGAAGGGAUUUGCAGCUAAUCCUAAAUCUUGCUCGGUGACAGGAUUCCAGAAUAUUCACUUUGUUCCUACUCAGGCUAAUAUCUCAUUUCACUAUGCUGAUCCACAUUUUGGUGGCUUAAUGGCUGCAACUUAUCUACCACAAGGACCAACAUGCAAUCCUCAAAUGGUGAGUAUGGUUCCUGGACGAGUUCCGCUACCAGUAGAGCUCACGGAGACUGAGCCAGUCUUCGUCAAUGCGAAGCAAUACCAUGCGAUUAUGAGGAGGAGGCAGCAACGCGCCAAGCUCGAGGCUCAGAACAAACUAAUCAAAGCUCGUAAGCCGUAUCUUCAUGAGUCUCGACAUGUUCAUGCUCUUAAAAGGCCUAGAGGAUCUGGUGGAAGGUUCCUAAACACCAAGAAACUACUUCAAGAAUCCGAACAGGCUGCUAGAGAACAAGAACAUGCCAAGUCGGGGCAAGAGGAGCAAAACAGAAAGGUGAACGUGUCUAGAUUUGAAACUCAUAACCGCGGCUCAACCACUUCUGGAUCAGACAUCACCUCUGUUUCCGACGGUGCUGAUAUCUUCGGACACACUGGGUUCCAGUUCUCAGGUUUCCCAACUCAGACGAACCGAGCCAUGCUUGUUCAUGGUCAAUCUAAUGACAUGCAUGGAGGUGGGGACUUGCACCAUUUCUCUGUCCACAUCUGA